GGAGGGAGCGUGGCAGAGGCGGAGGAGGAGAGGGAAGCCGGUGGGAGAGGCCGCAGGAGGAGGCAGCCAGGCCCCUGUCCGCACCGCCGCCCAGACCCACCAUGUCGGAGGUGGACAAGUCCCAGCCAGUGGCCCUGGGGGCCUCGCGGGUUGAGCUAAGGGUCUCAUGCUGGAACCUCCUGGACCGGGACACCCUGACCAACCCAAACCCCUGUGUGGUGCUGAAACAGCUCAAUGAAGGGCAGUGGACCGAGGUGGGGCGCUCCGAGAUCAUGCGCUGCAGCCUGAACCCUGUCUUCUCCCAUGUCUUUCCACUGGACUACUUCUUCGAGGAGAUGCAGAUGCUGUGCUUCGAAGUCUAUGACGCCAGCGGCGCUGAGGAUGCGGGGUUCCAGGAUGACGCUUUCCUGGGGGAGGCUGAGUGCUCCCUGGGCCAGAUCGUAUCCCAGACCAAGGUCACCAAACCACUGCUACUCAAGACUGGAAAGACUGCAGGAAAAUCCACCAUCACGACCGAAGCAGAAAAGGUCACUAGUACCAACGACUUUGUGCAGCUUGAGUUCCGGGCUCAGAAGUUGGACAACAAGGAUCUCUUCAGCAAGUCUGACCCUUUCCUGGAAAUCUACAAGGUGAACAGUAACAACACGGAGCAGCUGGUGAUGAGGACGGAGGUGAUAAAUAACAACCUCAGCCCCAGCUGGGAACCCUUCCGCAUCUCCCUCCACUCGCUCUGCAGCUGUGACCCAGACAAGACCAUACGGUGUGUUGUUUACGAUUAUAACUCCAGUGGGAAACAUGAUUACAUUGGUGAAUUCAUGACAACUUUCCGUGAAAUGCAGGAGGUUUCCUCAGGGAAAGAGAUGGAGUUUGAGUGCAUCAACCCGAAGUACCAGGAGAAGAAGAAACACUACACCAACUCCGGCACGGUGGUUCUGACCCAGUGCAAGGUGGAGAAGGUUCACACGUUCUUGGAUUACAUCAUGGGCGGACUGCAGAUCUACUUCACGGUGGCAAUUGACUUCACGGCUUCCAACGGUGACCCACACAGCGAGCACUCCCUGCAUUUCAUCAACCCCAAGGAACCCAACGAAUACCUCAAAGCGCUGUCAGCCGUAGGUGAGAUCUGCCAGGACUACGACAGUGACAAAAAGUUUCCAGCCUUUGGAUUUGGGGCACGGAUCCCCCCAAACUACGAGGUCUCCCAUGAUUUCGCCAUCAACUUCGACCCAGACAACCCGGAGUGUGAACGGAUCUCAGGGGUGAUCGAGGCCUACAAGCGGUGCCUGCCCCAGAUCCAGCUCUACGGCCCCACCAACCUGGCCCCCAUCAUCAAUCGGGUGCUGGCGCCCGCCAGCGAGGAAGAGGGCAGCGGGCCUCCCAUGCGGUACCGGGUGCUGCUGGUGCUGACGGACGGGGUGCUGAGCGACAUGCCAGCCACACGGGAAGCCAUCGCCCGAGCUUCACGCCUGCCCGUCUCCAUCAUCAUCGUGGGGGUGGGGAACACCGACUUCUCCGACAUGCGAGCGCUGGACGAGGAGGACGGGACCCAGGAGUCCGGGGGGGAACGGGCCGUCCGCGACAUCGUCCAGUUCGUGCCCUUCCGCGAAUUCAAGAAGGCGCCGCCGGCAGCGCUGGCCAGGUGCGUGCUGGUUGAGGUCCCCAACCAUGCGUUGGUGGAGUUUGAUUGGCAGCCGUUUGGCAUCAGCCCAGGCCCUGGGCCCCGAACCUCUCAGCCCCCAGUGAGCCCACAGCUAAGCCAUGGCCCCUCAGGUUAA